AUGUCAGUUGAAGGAAAGUCCCAAGACGCUGAACAAAUACCCGAGUCUUCUCAAUUGACUCUUCCGGAAGAACCAAUCCUUUCGCAUACCGAAGACGAAGGGGAUGACGAUGAAGAAGACGAACAUGAGAAUGAUGCAGUUCAAUAUCCAGGUACAGUUUUACCUGAUUUAAGGAAAGAUGAAAUUGAAGCUGAUCAGGAGUUGACUGUUGGCUAUGAUGAUGAUUCUGAAUAUAUAGAUUUAAUUCAUUUGAAGAUCGGUUCAAUUGAAGAUUUAAAUCUUGGAAGAUUUAAACAAUUGAUAUCUUUAUGCUUGAGACAGAAUUUGAUUACUUCAAUUGUUGGCGUUAAAGAAUUGCCCGAUACUUUGGAAGAAUUAGAUCUUUAUGAUAAUAGAAUUAAUCAUAUUUCAAGUGCAAUUAAACAUUUAACAAAAUUGAAAAAUUUGGAUUUUUCAUUUAAUAGAAUUAAGAAUAUUAAAAAUCUUGAAACAUUGGUUGAAGUAGAGAAUUUAUAUUUUGUUCAGAAUAAGAUUCAUGAAAUUAGGAAUCUUGAAACCUUAGUAAAUUUAAAGAAUUUAGAAUUGGGUGGUAAUAAGAUUAGAGUGAUUGAAAAUCUUGAUUAUAAUACAAAGAUUGAACAACUAUGGUUAGGUAAGAAUAAAAUUCAUAAAUUUGAAAAUUUAGAUCAUUUAGUUAAUUUAAGAGUACUUUCAAUUCAAUCUAAUAGAAUAACUAAGAUUGAGAAUUUAGAUAAAUUGGUUAAUCUUGAAGAAUUAUAUCUUUCACAUAAUGGAAUUGAAAAAAUUGAAAAUCUUGAUAAUAAUCUUAAACUUCAAGUCUUGGAUAUAACAUCAAAUAAAAUAUCUAAAUUAGAAAAUCUUAGUCAUUUACGAGAAUUAACUGAUUUUUGGUGUUCUUAUAAUCAAGUGGCAAGUUUUGAAGAAAUUGGUCAAGAAUUGGGUAAAUUAGAACAGUUAGAUACAGUUUAUUUUGAAGGUAAUCCAGUACAAACUCAAAAUCCAAGUGCUUAUAGGAGAAAGUUAAAGUUAUAUUUGGGUGAUUCAUUAUCUAAAAUUGAUGCAACUUAUAUUCAUUCAUAG